AUGGCAACAGAAAUAAAAAAUUUGGAAGCUAUCUUUGAUCGAAAAUUGAAGCCUUUAUUCUCGAAAUUCGACGAUUUAAAUACUAAAGUUGAUGAAGCUAUGUGUUCGUUAUCGUUUCUAAGUGCAAAAUAUGAUGAGCUAAAUGAUAAAGCUAUAAAU